GGACAUAGAAGCAGGGCAUAUCAUUCGUGUAUACGAGUACAUAGUGAAAGACGGCCUACGUGACCAACGACUGGGCCUACGUGACCAACGACUGAGCCUACGUGACCAACGACUGGGCCUGUGACUGUCUCACGAGGUAUCGCGUGCUUCCAUGUGCGGUCUGCAGCAUCACAUACGUCUGCAGCACCACAUACGACUCCGACCUACGCGAGCGAGGGAUGGCCGGCCGGUCAGGGUAUCGGGCAUUCGUCCAGCCAAGCGAGCGGGAAGGUCAACCGACGCCUUCGGAAUCGAAGACAGCUUGCGCGUCAACAUGACGACUCAUCGAUGCAGUCUGCGCGGAGGCGACUCGUCGACGCAGCUUGCGCGUCAACAUGACGACUCAUCGACGCAGUUUGCGCGGAGGCGACCCAUCGAUGCAGUUUGCGCGGAGGCGACUCAUCGACGCAGUUUGCGCGGAAACUUGACGACUAGCCGACAGAAUCGGGGACGCGUAGCGCCUACAACCAUAGUAGUGCUCACGUUACCGACAAGGUGACGGUCAGCGACGCGGAAUCGCGCAUGGUCGAGAUCCAUUGUCGCGCUUAUCCUGCGACGGGCUGGGCUUCGACUCGGAGGUUUGACUAGUACGACAUCGCAGAGCGCGAGCGGGAGGCGAGACCAGAUCGCGUGUUCUUGAACUUGACGUCGCGUGUUUUUCAACGUGACGUUGUGCGCUGCGCUCAAGGGACAUCGUGCGCUACGCCUAAGAGAUCUCGUGCGCUACGCCUAAGAGAUCUCGUGCGCUACGCCUAAGAGACAUCGUGCGCUACGCCCAA